CCGACAUCGUAAUUGCUGUCGUCGACUCCAAAGCGACCAUGUAUCACAGCUGGGGAGGAAUCGUGCUCUCACCGGGGCUUGUCCACUUUCUCAAGACCUUCGUCUCUCAUUGCGAUUACAGCAAAGUCCGACUGUCCAUCGUCGCAGUCAGCAACACCGUCAGACUCCUUGCACCUUUCACCAGCAACCCAAACGACCUUCAGUUAGCUAUUCAGACAUGGAGACCACAAUUUAAGGGAGCAAGAACCUUUCUGGCUCUCAGGUCCAUCAGGUCCUACUUCAAGACAGACGGUCGUCCAAACGCCGCUCGUAUCGUCAUUGUCGUCACCCCACAGCAAUCAGACAACUAUUUCUCCACAGUGUCCGAGAGCCUGCUGCUGAGGGCGGAUCACGUCUCCAUCAUUGGCGUCGGUUACGGUCACUACGCCCCUUCUCAAGAAUUGUUGGCCAUGACAGGAAAUCGUUAUCGAGUCUUUCUAACGGGCAAUAGUUACUACCUUGUGUAUUCUGUGAAUCCAGUCAAGCAACUUAUUUGUACAUUGAGCCAGGCCUUCAAGGAUGCUUUGACGACAGCUGCUACGACGACAACGACAUCAACAACAACUACGACUACAGUUUCGACUACGGAUCUCGGCCUUAUGACAACGAUGAAUAAUUAGAUAAAUACCCUGGGUGUAUUAUUGAUACACGGAUCAUUUUACCCUUUGCAAAGUAUAGUUUAUUCAUUGUAUAUUACGAUGUGUCUUUUAUUAGUUAUCCCAGA